AUGUCUGGUCAGAAGCUUCAAGUUGCUGUUGCUGGCCUGGGCCGCAUGGGCCUCCGUCAUGCUCGUCACUUUGCCACCUUGACCCCGAGGGCCGAGCUCAUCGCCGUGACCUCGCCGGUGCAGGCCGAGCUGGACGCGGCCAAGGCCGAGUUUGGAAGCGUCAGGACGUAUCUCUGCUACGAUGAGAUGCUGAGGAGCGAGCCGACCCUCCAGGCCGUCGUCGUGUCCAGCGCCACGGCCGUGCACGCGGACCAGUCCAUCAAGGCUAUCGAGGCCGGCCUCCACGUUCUGUGCGAGAAGCCGCUCAGCACCAGCGCCGAGGUGUCGCAGUCGGUCCUGGAUGCCUACGAGGAGUCUUCCAAGAAGAGGCCGGGGCAGAAGGUCAUGUGCGGCUUCUCGCGGCGCUUCGACGCCUCGUACCGCGACGCCCACCGCCGCGUCGUGAACGGCGACAUCGGCCGCCCCUCCGUCUUCCGCUCCCAGACCUGCGACAAGCUCGACCCGUCCGGCUUCUUCGUCGCCUACGCAGAGUUCAGCGGCGGCAUCUUUGUCGACUGCUCCAUCCACGACAUCGACCUGGCCCUCUGGUUCAUGGGCGAGGACAGCGUCGUCAAGAGCGUGUCCGCCGUGGGAAUCACGGCUGUCUCGCCUGAGCUGCGCAAGCACAAUGACCGUGAUAACGGUGCCGGUCUGAUUGAGUUUCACGACGGAAAAAUCGUCCAGCUCUUCUGCUCUCGAAUGAUGGCGGCCGGCCAGGAAGACACGACCGAAAUAUUUGGCACAAAGGGCAAGGUGGCUGUCAACCAGCAGCCCUAUCUCAACCUCGUCGACAUCCACGAGCCCACCGGCAUCCGUCGCGAGGUGCCCUCCACGUACUACGACCGGUUCCGCGAGGCCUUUGUCACCGAGGCCAACGAGUUCACGGCCUGCUGCCUCGACAACACGCCUGUGCCCGUCAGGCUGAAGGGUGCCGUGGACGCCGUCAAGAUCGGCUGUGCCCUCCAGGAGGCCAUGAUCACGGGCCAGAAGAUUGAGUUUGAUGAGCUUGGUAGGCGUCUUGAGAAGUCCAAGAUCUAA